AUGGCUAAAUUUGUACGAAUUCGUCAUUGUUAUCAUCCUAAGUAUUACUAUGCAAGACAGAGUAACAAAUUAUUUUAUCUUUGUUACAAUGAUAAUAGCAUAACAAACGAAACACUAUUUGUUGACGAAGGCUUAAAACUUAAACUACGACGAUAUGGUUACAAAGAUAUAACUUCUGGUUUAACAUCAUUAAGUAAUCUAGCAGUUAUUGAUUACCUUGGACAAAUAAUUACAUUAAAUGAUAUUGACGAUCAGUAUCCAAAAUGGUUUCUGUCAUUAACAAAGGAGGACGCAUUGAAGUCUGAAUCUGAACGCAUGCUAAUUUGCAUUGUUGGAAGCAAAAUUCGUUAUGUGUUGCAAACGACAAUAGCACAAUUUUGCAUCUUUGAAAUUUUAACUCUGUCAUUUCGAAUGACAGUGCAUUUACUACCAAACGAUUUUAAUAAGGUAAUUUAUUUAUUUCGAGUAAUGAGUAAAUCAUAA